CCCGCCAAAGCUACAUAGCUUCGGGAGGCCCCGCGCUCCUCCCUUUCUUUCCCUUUCGCCAUGUCAUCGCAAGCACCAGUCAAGCCAGUCUCUGCCGAACAGGUCAACGAGAAGGAUGGGCUGAUCCACGGCGUUUCGGCUGCCGAGCUGCAGUCGCUGUGUACAACGAGCUUAGAGGCGCGCGGGAAGGCGUACUGCCCCUAUUCCCUCUUUCGCGUCGGUGCCUCGCUCCUCCUGCACACCCCCGACGCCUCAGGCCAAACCACCAUCACCGGCGCCAACGUCGAAAACGCGUCCUACCCCGUCGGCACGUGCGCAGAGCGCGUCGCCAUGGGCACAGCCAUUCACCAGGGACACAAGCUCGGGUCGUUCAAGGCUAUCGGCGUGGUCACGGACAUGGACGACUACUGCUCGCCGUGCGGCAUGUGCAGGCAGUUCCUGCGGGAAUUCCUGGCACUCGAGACCCCGAUUUUCAUGUUCAACAAGGGAGGCAAGUUUAUCGUCAGGACGAUGGGCGAGCUGCUGCCGCUGAGCUUUGGGCCCGAUGUGCUUCCGCCGAAGGAGGCGCUGAGGAAGAAUCUGAAUGAGGCGGAGCUGAAAGGAGCGGGUGUGCAGUAGGAGAGUUGGAGGCGUGGGGCUGUUGAAUGCGACUUCUGGAGUCUGGCCGGGGGCGUGAGGGAGUCGCUGUGAGGAUGGAUGUGUGAGGUAGGCCUGGGGGCCUCGCGGCUGGGCGCCGUAGACGGAGCAUUAGCAUCGUUCUACGACCAUGAAAACCAAUUGUUCAAGAUACAAAUAACCGAAUAUCCGAAUAUUUCUUGCCCA